UUGCUUCGGAUCACUUCCCAGCAAUGCGUUUUGCCAUGAUAUGUGUCUUGCAAUGCGUUUUGCUGGCUCUUUGGGCAAGCGCUGAUAAUGAUGUGGACACUGUGCCGGAGAUAGCAAAGGCGCAGCAUAUGCAUAUAAGUUAUGAGUACCAGCUGCACCGCACCAACAUGCCCAGACAGGGUCAAGGUGACCUUUGGGUGAAUUUGCAGUCGGCUCCCAGAGUUCGCUUGUGGGGAAUAGCACACUCGCCCAAGUUUGGCAAGGGAACAAUUACCAUCUUGCUGGACUCGGGUUCGAAGACCAUGUACGCAAGAAUUCAAUUGGACCAGCUGAAACAAGACCAAUGUCUAAAAUACCCAUUUCCUGCUCGAACUGGGGAAGUUGAGCAGCAGCGGCUGAAGACAUUGCGCAAGCGCCACCACGACAUUCAAACCCUUGUACAUCGAGAAGAGACCAGUUAUGUCACCGGCAAGGCCACCCAGCUUCUGCCAUGGACAGACAGGUACAAACUGGGUGUCGUGCAGAAGCACAAUUCCGAUAAGCUGAUUGGCAUUACCUUGCGACAAGGAGAUCGCGUUGUAAAGGAGGUGGACUUUAUUGAAACGGAUGCAGCCCAUGAUGUGCCAUCAUCUGAUGAAGUCUUCCAGCCUCCCGAAAGCGACACGGUCAAAUGCUUGAAGCCUCAGGAAUACAAAGAGCUGAUUGGAACCCUCGAUUUGACGCCACCGCAUCAGAGAUCAUCAGCUCUGAAUGAUCUCCUUUUGAUGCUGUCAAGCGAGAACCCAGUACAGGAGUGGGGCUUUGCUACAUUGCUCUUCCAAAGCUUUUUGCUGCCUGGGGACAUUGCUGUGAUGCUUGAAAAUCCAGAGCCUCCGAAUAUUGAACGAUGGCACCACAUUGCUUUCGACUAUUCGGCAGUCACAGCGAGUCAUGCGGGCCAUGUGAGUCGCAGCGAAGGUACAAUGUGGAUCAACAUGGAGAAGCGAGCAUUUAGACUCAAUGGAAAUGCGAAGAAUACAAAGGUCGGUGAAUUGCACAUUGAUCUUUUGGUGCAUGCUGCGGAAGAUCAUCCAAUCAUCUAUGCAAACAUUGUACUUGAAGACGAGGAUGAGCAUCAGUGCAUGCAGUUCGGCUAUCCUACUUUAACGGACAAUCCAAAAGAUCAGCUGUUGGCAGCCGCCAAAACGCCCUUGCGCUUCUUCUCGAUCAGCGAAAUUGAUGGGGAGGAUUGUGCCAUCUUUAUCGCUCCUUUAGCUCGAGAACGUUGGCUCCAUCUUUGGGUGGACUUAGAGUCUGACAACCCGGAUGCCUUCCUCAGGUCGGAAAUCCACCACGAUGGCAAGGUAUUGAGAUCAACAAAGGUUCUGAAGUGGCGAACGGGUGAUGAUAUUCCGGUGCAAGUGCAGCCCAGAAAGGAGUGGCAAUGCACACCAGGAGGUGAAGAAGUGAGCCGCUUUGCUGCCCUGGAUAUACGCUCCAUGCAUCACAAAUCCAUCCAACUAGAGGACGCACUCUACUCCUUGCACGAGCUCAAUCGAGAUUUCACGGUUCGGGAGCUUUUGGGACUCACCGGAGAUUUGGCCAUCGUGGUGAAAGUUCCUUUGCCACCCACUCUGAGCAUGGCGGGCUCUGUCACUUUUGAUUAUGUGAUGAGCCUUGAUGAAGGGGAUGAAGAUGUCAGUGGCAACCUUGCAAUAGAUGGGCAGAAUGGCCGCUUUCGUCUUUCAGCAACUGACACACAUGGCAUUCGGGUGAUCUUGGCCUUAGACGUGGGCAAGGCAGUAGCAGUCAAGAUCAAGAAGCCGGGGCAGCGGGAGAAGUGCCUAAAGAUGAAUCUCGGUGACAUGCAGGAUGACAUGUUGUUGCCAACACUUGGAGCAGGCAUCUUCCAAAAAGUGGAGGCGCUGGGAAACCAGGAGUGCAAUCACUUUCACUACUCUGCAAACGGUGGCGUUGACAGCCUUGACCUUUGGUAUAGUGAGGAAGAGAAUGCCAUUUGCCAGAUUGACCUGACAAGGUCAGAUGCGAAAGAUACAGUACGCCUGCAGGUGACCACAUACUUGGACUCCUUCAUGCCAGAGGUGUCCCUUUUCAGCGAUUUUCAUGGUGACGAGGACCAAUGGAACUGCGCAACGACAAGCAGAAGGCCGUGGCUGCAUCAUGGUGAGGGACUACUUUCCGAUAGUGCUGCUCCCACAAGCGAGACAGCAGGAGCCAUCACGGAGGCGCUUGGAAUGCUCGGCUUGCUGUCCAGCCAGGCCACAGCUGUCGUCUCUUCUCUCUCCUGGGAUGAAGCGCUGUCGAUGAGGACCUCAAGCUCCGGCAUGGUACUCAAACGUCAAGAUCGUGCACCUCCUUGCUGCUUGACCGACGGCCUGCAGGCGGAAUCCGGUAUGGCUUCACCCUUGGUGCGAAGCUUCGACGGUGAGUUAAAAUGCUUUGGAAGCGGAGAAAAAUCCGAACAGGACUGGAUUGAUCAGUUCGCUGAGCUCAGUGCCGAUCCACGACAAGAGAUGACAGGGGUUUGUUUGUCAGAUGGAUACUACAGGCACGAGAACGCAGGCCCAGGGCCCUCGACAAGUGUUGAUGAUUUCGUCAAUGAUGAUGUGAUGUCACCCUUGCUGAAGACCUUUGGAUUCACUUUCGAAUCCACACACCCGCUGAAGGGCUACCCUGAAGGGUAUGGUGGAGGUCUGAAAUUCACUGGUGAAGUUUGGCGACAUCGACAUCACGGACAUGGAGAGAUCCGAGUGGAUUUGGAACAUCGCCGGCUGUACCUUCGGAGCGAGACCAAAGAGUUCUCCAGUGGCAUCCCAGAGGUCGUCAGCGAGAUCAUUUACAGGGGUGACAGAAACCAACUGUGGGCUCGAUCUCUCUUGGAUAACUACGAGCAGUGCUGGCAAAUAGACACCUCUCAGGCACUUCCAAACCAACAGGGAGCUGCAACGAAUCCCUUCAGUCGAGGAAAGCUUUCAGGCCACGGUGCUGUGCCAGGAUCAGGCUCCAGGACAGCUCAAAAGUAUACCUUCUUUAUAGCUCCUGAGAAGCGCGUGGACGUCUUCGUUGAUGAAGACCACACUUUGGCAUACUUGGAGCUGACAGACUUGAAUCGCGACGUCGCAACAGGCGUGCAUGCGAAUUCAUGGAUCACUGCUCCUUUGAGUGAGGAACUCUUUGAAGUGGGAGAGGAUUGGCAAUGCGAGCAGGAGCUUCCUGAUAGAUACCUGGAUCAAUUGGCCACCUGGGAUUUGAUACAGGUCUUUCUGCCUCAGUGAUGCUUGGGCGGACCAGUUGAGCCAAGAAAUCGGCUCAACACCAUUUCCUUUGUUCAGCUCCUGUGGUCUUUGCGGUGCUCGUGUGGUCUGUGCAGCGCUCGCCCGAUCGGUCCGACACGUCACGGACUCGGUCGAUGAGCGAGAUUUCUGUCGUAGAGAUCUGGCAGGAAAAGUUAGUGACCUCAUCGUUUGCCGUGUGACAAUGAACAAGUCAU